AUGGGUCGCCCUUUGGGCGACGGCGUCACCCUGCGUGGCAGCUGCUGUAUGGAGGGCACAGAAGCGUUCAUUCAUCCCCUGCUCACCGUAGUGGGUCCGUCCCACUGCAGCUCAGCUCCACAACACGCCAGCUCUGCUAACCCAUACCCGGUGUCGCGUGAGCGUGAGUUAACCACGGACAGGACGGUAGCCGGUGGUGCUGCAGCUCGGACGACGGUGUUUUCUGACAAGCUUGCACCUCUAACUGUGUUUGGAUGGGCCUGUCUCUUAUUCCAUCUCAGGACCAUGUGGUGGGCCUGGCUGCCUCUGCCUGCUCUGGUUCUUCUCUUGGAGCUUUCUGCGCUGAAAGUCCAGACGGCACCAUGCCAGACCUGCCGAAAACUCUCAGAGAAUUUCCUUCAGGGCUUCGAAAGAACAGCUAACAAGAACUUUGGUGGAGGCAACACGGCAUGGGAAGAGGAGAAACUGGCGAAGUAUGCGCGCAGUGAGACUCGGCUUCUUGAAAUAGUAGAGGCUGCUUGUGAGAAAACAGACUUCGAAUGUAACCAGCUGCUGGAACAGAUAGAGGACCAAGUGGAGACGUGGUGGUUCCACAGGCAACAGGAGGCACCAGACCUGUUUGAGUGGCUGUGCAUAGAGCAGCUGCGCCUCUGCUGUCCACCUGGACGCUUUGGAGCCGAAUGCAAAGAGUGUCCAUCUGGACCUGGAGGUGUGUGUGGUGGCCUUGGCCGGUGCGAGGGGGAGGGCUCCCGCCUUGGAGACGGGGAGUGUGUCUGUGAUCCGGGGUACUCGGGCCAUCUGUGCCAGAGCUGUGCGGACGGUUACUACAGAGAGAAGAGCUCCAAUGACAGCACGGGAGCCUGCGCAGCGUGUUACCACUCCUGUAAGAAAUGCUCCGGGCCUCAGGACUACAAAUGUCUGGACUGCAAACCUGGCUGGAUCCUCCAUGACAACAAGUGCGUGGACAUCGAUGAGUGCGGCACAGAGCUGGCUCGUUGCCCCUCCAACACCUACUGUCACAACACAGAUGGAUCAUAUGAAUGCAGAGGCUGUGACCAGGCAUGUGUGGGCUGCAUGGGCAGUGGCCCAGCCCGCUGUAAGAAAUGCGCACGUGGCUAUAGGCUGAAGGGUGCCAAGUGUCUCGAUGUUGAUGAAUGCAGCGAACGUGCAAUAGCCUGCCCGGGACUCAAUGAGGCCUGCAUCAACGAGGAGGGCUCCUUCCACUGUGACUGUGCUGAGGGGUUCAUCAGAAGAGACAGCAUCUGUGUGGAGAAUAAGCCUCCUGCUGGCCCAGAGACCGGUCUCUUUGACGACAUGACUGACGACGAGGUCCUGGUUCUGCAGCAGAUGUUCUUCGGGGUUGUUAUCUGUGCCCUGGCCACGCUAGCAGCCAAGGGUGACAUGGUGUUCACGGCCAUUUUCAUCGGAGGGGUAGCUGCUAUGGCUGGAUACUGGCUGACCGAGAAGGGAGACUACAUGCUGGAUGGACUUUUGAAGGGACAAUAGUUUAUAUUUAAACACUGAUGGACAUUGGGGUUGACAUGAAGGACCCUUCAAUUCCAGCCAACUGAACUGAUUUAGACUCAGCUGGGGACAGAGAAGCGUCCUUCCAAUGUUAGCCUUUCAGGGAUUAAUUUAUGAUCGAGAAGUUAUUUAAAAAGGGCUUGAUUUCAAUAUUCUAAGUUUCUGAAGAAGAUAAUGCAGAAAAAAAGGGAGAGGCUCCGAGGCCGUGAAUCUUUAAGGGGAUUAUCGAAGGGACACUGCACUGAUUAUGAAGGGACCGAACGAGAACCCCUGUCUCAGCUUUGUUGGGAGCAGGGCUGACAUCCUGCUACCCAAUCCUACUACUGAUUGUUCAAAUCUGUUAUACAUUUGGAUGUCUUAUCUGACCUCUUAGUUUCUUCACAAAGCUCAUGCCCAUCCACAUUUUUUCACCCUCUCAGUGCUGUGAAGCAGAUUUUCUCACCUUUGGAAUGAUGCCCAUGUUUUGACUGGGUCAGAUAGCUGCAGUUUGUAGCUGCGGGCAUAGGGUUAGAAAAAAAGGAAUCGGAACACUCAAACUACUCUGGGAUGUUUCCAUCAUGAAUGAUUAUUUAUAUUCACAGGAUGAGUUUUUAUCUUGUCCCACAUAAAUGCUCCUCUUUGGUAAUAAUGCAUGUUUUUGAUAUGUAGAUUUAAGCUACUGCACUGUUUUCAUUCUUACUUUAGCAUGGAAAGUUAACCUCAAACAACUGCUGGAUCAUUGUUGUUCAUGCUUAAACACUGUGAGGGAAUGUGCUAAAAUGAAUACCAGCUCCUAUCUGGAUGAUGCAAUCUGUCUUCUUUUGCCUUUGCUUUUUUUAAAGCAAUAUAUGUGUUUUAAAUGUUUAUGCUAUUUAUGUUGAUCGCCCUUUUUUCUGUGUGUUAAUAUGUUCUUACAGGAAAAAAUAGUAUCCUGUUGGAGAACCACUCAUAUCAAUUCAUGUCUGUCCGUCUUCCUUUUACUUUGUCUAGUAUAUCAUCCACACAGUCAUCACUCAUUUCAGAGGUUGGCUUUACAGUAAAUAAAAAAAGAAGAGAAAACACUUUU